AUGUAUGCUUGGGUUUGGACUAUUCAACUACCAAUGACCAAAACUGAUGUCAUAAAGGAACUUAAAGGAAACCAAGUGGCUUUUGAAGAUUGUUUUGUUUCACCCCUUCCUUUUCUGCUGAGCUUUCCUUUCUCGACGGUGCCUGAGACUCCUGGUUAUUUGCCAAUCACUUCACCAGCUGGCAGUCCACUGAUGUCUGUCUCGAGUACUUGUAUCCCUUCAUUUGCUGUUUUGGUGUCUGACAUGGAGACCUUUCAAACAAAUGAUUCUUUCCAUACUUGGACCAGAGUCAGAGUGGAUCCAAAGAUUCUGAGUGAUAGUGAAAGGCACAGUGUGUCCAGUGUGACUCUAGCAGGCCAAGGAAUAUUUUUUCUAAUAAAUGGUGCUGUUUACUUAAUGUCAGUGAAUCAAUUAAAAAAACUACAAGGAGAUCAUGGUAUUCCUGACAAUGGAAUUGUUGGCAUUAAGUCAAGAAGGUGGUGUGGGAUCAACACAUUUUUCAAGAACCAAAAAAACCGAAGUACCAUGGCAGCAUGGACAAACAGCGAGGUUUACCUUGGAUAUGCUUCACUUAAAUUUGCCAGAAUUACAACUUCGGCAGAACUGAAAAGUUUUCUAAAUCUUCCACCAAGCGAUAUCCUAACAAUAGAAAAUCUUGAGUAUACAGUACACCCUUUAGAGCUGACCGUGUUACUCUACCAUGUGUGUGCUGCGUGUGUUGACAAGAAGGUUUACAUACUGAUAUAUAAUGAACAGUCAUCACAGUGGGUGACCCAAGACUUCGAAUUAGAGAUCUCCUUGGACACCUUUUUAGUUUCUCGUUCUCUGUUUUCAGCAAUGCCGGAUUUAGUGCUGUGGGACAAACACAGAGUAUACUAUUGUUACCAAAAUUUCACUCUGACCGGAACUAUUCAAACAUCUACAGGAGAGGAGAAUCUGUCAGUCUUAUCGAGUGGCAGCAAUAUUCAUGAUGUUUACGUAGAUUAUUAUGGGAAUAUUAUAGUAAAAAUGGAAAACAAUGUAAUGUUUUAUUUCAAGAUUAAUAUCAGAGAUGCAGUAAAACUACAUUUCUGGAUGAGUGAAACAACGAAAUCCUUAUUUUUCUUUAGCGACUCUUAUCACGCAUAUCUGGUGUAUGUUUUUGACAACGGCACGGUACAACCUCAAGACUACCCCUUAAAUCUGGAAGUACAAAGUGUAACUUACAAAUCACAAGACAAAUGUCCCUACAUGGCCUUCCAUAAUAACGUUUUCCGUGUAAUUUACUUUUUGGACAAAGGAGAAAACCUGUCAAUUUGGUCUCAAAUAGUCUAUCCAGAAAACACUGGCUUACACACCAUUGUGGAAACGUAUGGCCCCAAAGUCUUAGCAAUAGCACAAGACUCUCACUAUGAAAUUGCCUUGGGCUACUGCACCAAAACUCUGUCAGUAACAUUUACUCAGAUUGCACAGUAUGAGUUAAAACCUGAUUACUUCAAACAGCAACAAAAGGACUCAGGCCUCCUAGUGGUUCAACUUCGACCCAGUGAGUAUUCAAAAACAUGUCCAAUAGCCCAAAAGGUGUUUGAAAUAGCUGUUGGCUGUAACAGUAACAAGGCCAUUAGAGUUAAAGGGUUUAGUGGAACUGAGUGCAAGCACCGCGAUUUUUCUUAUGUGAUUCACAGGUCAUAUCUGAGAAAAGAACCACUCAGAAACUUGAAGGUAAGAUAUGACUGGGGAAAAUAUGGCUGUCCGUUGAGAGUGGACUUCAGAGAAAAGUUUCAACCUGUGAUUCAAGUAAGUGAUGAGAAUGGCGUUUAUGGAGACGUGGACGUAAACUUCAUAGUAUGGGAAAUACAUGGCAGGGACGAUUAUACCUUCAACAGUACCAUGAAGCAGAGCGGCUGUUUAAAUGAAGCACAGACGUGGAAGACGAUGAUGGAGAUGAAUGAGAACCUCCCUCUGGACAUGGUGUGGGGGCCAGAGAACUACAGGCCCUGUUUUUCCUAUGCUAUUGGAAAACCAGGAGACUUGAGUCAACCGUAUGAGAUCCUCAACAUCUCUAAUAAGAACCAUCUCGUUUGGCCCACGGACCAUGUGGGAAUGUAUGUGUUUCGUGCAAAGGUGUUGGAUCCAAACUUCAGCUUCUGUAAUCUGACGGCCAUAUUUGCAGUUGAGACCAUUGGCGUGAUUCCCAAACCAAAUGUCUACUUGGUGGCUGCCUUCCUUUUCAUCCUGAUGCUGGUGUUCUUCACGAUUCUCGUCCUGAGCUACUUCCACUACCAGAGGAUUUACAGACAGUAUAUUUAUGAACCACUUCACAAGCCUCAAAACAAACAAAAGAAAAAUUAG